CCGCCGCUUCCGCCUUCCGCCCCGCGCCGGCUGUGGGCGCUCCGGUCGCCGCGUUCCAUCGUCCCGUGGCCCUUGUGGCGCCCGAGGCCGCAAUGUCAGGCCCCAACGGGGACCUGGGCGUGCCGGUGGAGGCGGGUGCGGAAGGCGAGGACGACGGCUUCGGGGAAGCAGAAUAUGCUGCCAUCAAUGCUAUGCUGGACCAGAUCGACUCGGUGCUGGAUCACCUGGAGGAGAAGAACGACCGCCUGCAUGCCCGCCUACGCGAGCUGCUUGAGUCCAACCGGCAGGUGCGCCUCGAGUUCCAGCAGCGGCUCGGGGAGGCACCCGAGGAUGCCAGUCCCUAGGCGCCCUGUUGGGCCCUGCUCUGGGCACUCGCCACCUGCUUCAGAUACCCUCUCAAGGGCUGGCCUCCCGGUCCCCUGGUGAGUCGGCUUUCACGGGCCUCACCCCAUACCCAGCAUGCCCUCCUGGGGCCGGGGUGGGCCCGCCACCAGCCGCUCCUCUGCCUGCCCAGGCCCGGAGUAUCCACACAGUAAAUGGGUCUGCAGCUCC